CCUCCGCUCAAUCACUUGCUCAAAGGCAAAUCCAUCUAUCAUUUCAACUUAUUUUAUUAUUCAAUUCUGGUGAGGCUGCACAUGGACCAGUAUGCGAAAGUAGAGAAGAUUGGCGAAGGAACCUAUGGCGUUGUCUAUAAGGCUUGUGACCGUGUUACCAAUAAAACAAUUGCUUUGAAGAAGAUUCGCUUAGAGCAGGAAGACGAAGGUGUACCUAACAUUGCAAGUAGAGAAAUCUCUCUCUUGAAGGAAAUGCAACAUGGAAAUAUCGUUAGGCUGCAGGUGCAGGAUGUAGUGCACAGUGAGAAGCGGUUAUAUUUGGUCUUUGAAUAUCUAGACUUGGAUUUAAAGAAGCACAUGGAUUCAUGUCCAGAAUUUGGGGAAGAUCCACGCAUGAUUAAAUCCUUCCUUUAUCAAAUUCUCCAUGGAAUUUCUUAUUGUCAUUUUUAUAGGGUUUUUCACCGAGAUCUAAAACCACAAGAUUUGUUGAUUGAUCGUCGCACCGAUGCACUGAAGCUUGCUGAUUUUGGUCUGGCCCGAGCAUGUGGUAUUUCUGUUAGAACAUUUACGCAUGAGGUUGUUACCUUGUAGUACAGAGCACCCGAAAUACUGCUUGGAUCUCGCCAUUACUCGACUCCUGUUAGUGUGUGGUAUGUGGGUGUAUUUUUGCUGAAAUGGUGAACCAGCGAC